AUGAGUACAACGAAAUUAGAAUUAACCAAUCCAAAUAAAAAAGAAAUUUUAACAAAAUCAAUUCCAAUAAAUAGUAUAUCCGAUGAUAGUGAAGAUGAAAGUAUUGAAAGUAAUAUAGUUAAUCAAGAAAAACAACAAUCUUCAAUAUUAUAUUUAUUUAUUAAACGUUAUAUACAACAAUUAAAACUUGUAUUUCAAUCAAUUAUAUCUGAUUUAAAAGAUUUUAAAUAUUGGCAAAUUAUUAUAUUUAUACUCUUUGCUACAUUCAAUGUUGUUUUUUCGAUAUUGGAUUUUAAUUCAUUUUUUUCACAUCAACAACCACGUUCAUUAUUAAAAUGGACUAAUGAUGUAGAAGAUGGAAAACCAUUAUGGCGUCGUAUUUUAUUAUGUUUUUCUGGUAUAUCAGCAUUUACAAAUAUUUUAUAUGUUGGACUUGUAAUCUAUGGUAAGAUUUCAUCGUUUUUUUGGGGUAUUACAGGUGCAAUUCUAUAUGGUAUUUAUGCAUUUGCUUAUGGUUAUGUUGGUGAUGCACAAUUAUUUGUAUUCUUUUUUUUACCGAUGCAAUUUAUUGGAAUUUAUUUAUGGUCAAAAAAAUUAGAUAAUAAAUCUACAACACGUGUUAAAUCAUUAAAAUUUAGUGGUUGGAUAUUUAUUUGUAUUUCAAGUUUUCUUCUAACAUUAUUAUUUUAUUAUGAAAUCCCAAUGUUUUCAAAAUAUUUAGCAUCGACGUAUUUUUUUGAAGACAAAUUUAUACCACAUGUAUUUGAUGCAACAACAAAUGCAUUAAAUGUUAUUGGACAAUUUUUACUUAUUGCUUGUUAUUGGGAACAAUACAUUAUAUGGAUAUUUGUUAAUAUAAUGUCAAUUAUUAUGUAUAGUGGUCGUCUUGGAACACCUCUAGAUAUUAAUUUAUUACUUGUAUGGAUUAUGUUAGCAAUUAGUUCAGCAUGUGGUUUAUAUAAAUGGUAUCAUCGUUGGAAAGAUUCCAAACAUAUAUCAUCAAUGUCAAAUAUAAAAGUUUAG